CAGAGAUGUGGGUCUCCCGUCUAUCGUUACCUUUGGCCAGGAGUACUUUGUCUUUUAUGGGACAAGUGAAAUAUUACUCCCGACUAUGUGUUUACCAGAGGGACCAAGUGAUCUGCUUAUUAAAUAACUUAGCUUCUUUUCAAGAUGCCUCCAACUACAUGAAUAAAAAUUCCGAGCCUUCGAGGUAUAACUGUGUAUGUUUGGCGCUUCCUAUCGAUAUUAAUGGGUACAUUCGCACUUUCGUAAUAAUAUAAUAUGGAGGUUGGGUCUAGCCAGUCACUGAACGACAUGGCGUAAGUUCACAAUGCAAGAAAACUCCGUCAUCUUUUUUACAUAACCAUAGUUUAGUAUUAAGCUGUGGAAAUAAUGUUGGAUGGGUCGUAUUUCUUCUAUAUGUCAACAUCGCUUGAAACAUGCGUGUAGGAUGUGUGAGGUGUGUCAAAUGCACCUCCAUAACGCUGAAUAUUUGUUAAGGCACCAACACUCGAGUAUUUGUUGUUUUGGAAUGUUGAAAAUAUUAAACAAAAGUGGUUAUUGUAUGCAUUUUGCUGGUUUUCUAACUGCUAAACGUUUUGAAACGAAUAUUAUUAUUAGUUUUCCCUCAGAUCAGAAACGGAUUCCGCUAGUUUCCCGGAGAUUGGCUGAUGUUUUGCAGUUUGAGCCCACUUUUGCCAGCACUACUAUUAUAUAUAGAUCAUAGCCUGUUAAUGGUGAAAUGUGGCGUUACCGGCUGCACUCGUCCUCACAUAAAGCUGCCUUUCAUACGAUCUCAUUGAUAGCGUGGCCUACCUCACAGUUGUUUUCUUUCUCUUCCAGGCAAGCCCACAAGAGGAUGAGUACCAUCAUAGAGGACCCGGCAAUCCCAUUGGUUGGGAUGAACGGCAAGCGAGGGAGCGUGGGCAGGGGCGGGGCUUUGCAGAGGAUGUACACCACACGUUCGAUGAGCAGGUCUGAGGGCGGGGCUAGCAUCACGCCGAAGAAGCCCAACCCCAAGUUUGAGAACGUGGGCAUCCGUCUGGCACUGAGGAAAGAGCUCUAUGCCAAAAGAAAGAAAAUCUGCGAUGCUUCUUUAGCCAUGGCUUUGGUCGGCAUCGUUCUGAUGAUCGUGGAGACGGAGCUGGCAGCCGCCGAGGUCAUACGACGAACGGACAUAACUUCUAUCUUCCUCAAGAUGUGUGUGACCGCUUCCACCGUGGCGCUGCUCAUCUUCAUCUUUAUGUACCACAAAAUGGGCGUGCAACUCUUCACCGUCAACAACAGCAUGGACAAUUGGCGUCUGGCUAUGAGGCCGCGCCGGCUGCUCUCCGCUUUGGCUGAAGCUGUCAUCUGCAUCGUUCACCCUAUACCUGGGGAGUAUUACAUCUCGUGGUACACCACGGAGUCGGACGGGAACCUCUCGGAUAAGCCUGUACAAGUUCCGCUAGACGUUAUUCUGUCUCUGCCCAUGUUCCUGAGGCUUUACCUCGUGUGUAGAUUCCUCAUGCUGCACAGCAGGCUCUACCAAGACGCCAGUUGUCAGAGUCUCGGCGCACUUAACAGAAUUCACUUUAACUUUCGGUUUAUCUUCAAGUCGUUUAUGGCUCUGUAUCCGGACUACUUUCUGGCGGUUUUCAUGGUCUCGCUGUUUAUCAUCACCAGCUGGACUCUCAGACUCUGCGAGAUGUACAACGACGCUUUCCACGCCCGUGUCCAUGGCAACUUCCUCAACUCUAUGUGGCUCAUCGCCAUCACGUUCCUCACUGUCGGAUACGGAGACAUCGUGCCCAACUCGUACUGCGGCCGGGGUAUCGCUGUCGUCACGGGCAUUAUGGGAACGGGAUGUACUGCACUGAUCGUAGCGGUACUCGCUCGGAAACUAGAACUGUCACAGGCGGAAAAAUACGUUCACGAUUUCGUUCUAGAAAUCGAAAUCGGUAACAAACUCAAAAUUGAAGCCGCGAACAUCGUGAAAAACGGGUGGAAGCUGUACAAAAUUCACAAACUUAGCAAUAAGACGAGCGAAGACGAAAGGGUGGUACUGAGACUGCAGACGAAACUUCUCCACGCCAUCUACAACAUCCGAGAGUUAAAGAACCGGCGCCGUAGGCUGACGGAUAACGCCGUGACCCUCGUGGAGGUCAGCAAGGCGCAGUCUGAGAUGCACACUGGGAUCGACCACGUCCGGAUAAGGCAGAUCGCCAUGGAGGAGCGGAUGAGCAGGAUAGAGACGAUGAUGUCACAGAUCUACGAGAAAGUGUGCGGGCCGGACCGCUCUCGUGGGGCGCCCACGGUUUGAGGCUGUGUGGGCGGUCACUGUGCCCCGCUCGCGCGCAUACACGUGUCAUCUCUCCUUCUUGUUUCUCUUUAAUCUCUCUCUCUCUCUCUCUCUCUCUCUCUCUCUCUCUCUCUCUCUCUCUCUCUCUC